AUGGCCACCGACGAUUCCUACGUUCCGCACAUAAUGGACUCCGACAUGGCCGAAUCUUGGGGCAACGACCAACACAUGUUCGACUCGGCCCUCGCACAAGACACGCCUCUCGACUUCAACCAAUUUCUCAACACCGAUGCCUUCAUAUCCUCGCCUGCCGCCGGCAACGCCGUCCUGACCAGCUACGCCUCCCCCGCAAAGACCCUGCAUAAUCGCCGCGAGCAGACUCCUGGCCUGGCGCAGCACACGACUCUGCAACCGCGAUCCACCAUGUCGUCUUCCUCGCCCGAAAGUUCGAGCCAGGACUCCGCUUCAGAGUCAUCUGGAAGGCGCAAGCGGAAGAUGACGUCGUCCAACAGCUCGCCUUCCGUGCUCUUCGACGGCUCCGAAGGACAAGCUGGCAACUCUUGGCACAAGGAAGAUUCUAUGCACGGCGUGUCAUCGACUGCGCGAGACUCAAUGUUCGUCAAGCGCGAACCGCAGGAAGGUCUGCAGCUGGAGCCGGACGUUGACUCGAUCAACAAGAGCAUGGCGUCGCACUUUGACUUCGGCAGCAAUGCGAGCAGCCCCGGCAUAUUCAGCUUUGGUUCUCCCGAGCAGACUGUCACUCCCGCCAAAUUGGAGCAUCAGACGGAUUCACACCAUAUGAGCCAGGCUUCCACCGCCCCAAAAAGCACUGGCUUCUUCAUUGGUUCGCGCGAUCCAUCGCCAAUGUCUGGUAUGACUGGCAGCGCCGAGCCUUCUCCUGCCGCCAUGUUCGACAGCCAGUCGCCGAACUAUACCAACAAUGACAUGUUCCAAGGAAUGCCGGUUUGGAAUAGCGCCGCGAUGAGCACCGCCUUCCAGGGCAACCCUUGGCAGACCGAGCUUUCGCCCACGGCGAAUAUGCAGUAUCCGGGUACGGAAGCGAUCGCUUUCCCGGCGAACAUGAACGCGUCGCAACGACCGGCCAGGCUCUACAUUCAUCAAGACGGGUCCAAGUCGAGAGUCGAGACACAAAUCACCAUCAAGCUCACUCUAGACCCGCUGCCUUCGGGUGUCUCUAAGCUCCAUCUCCCAACUCAUACGGUCUCGAAACCCAAGCUUCUCGCAAAGCAAAUCAUCAAGGACCCCGACACCUUGGAAUUGCAUACGUCGCUAGUUUGCGCCAGCGCUAUGGAGAAGGAUCAUCUCAGGCUAUGCGCUUUACACAGAGCAGCAAGCUAUGAGUCGAACACCCGCAAGAGUGGGCCCCGGAGACAAUCGACCGGAGAUCAGCCUGAUGACGACCCUGACGAUCCCGACAAACCAGCCAAUGGCGGCGAAGUACGGAUAUGUCAGAAUUGCGUUCAACGCGAGCGCAAGCGCGCCGCGCGCAAGAGGGUCAAGAAGCAAGAGGAUGAAGAGGCAUGGGCGGAAUAUGAGUACGAGCGUGUUAUUGUAUUCAAUGACAAGGAGUACAAGGAGUGGCAGCCGCCGACGGCGACGAAGAACAUUGAAGGCGCAAACAGCUUCACCUUCCCGCCUGGAGCGAUGCAAAUCGAUGUCCCGAUGCGCAUUGCUUGCUACUGUCGCCACCAAAGCGAAAAGAUCGGUUUCCGUGUGAUUUUCACCAUCAAGGACUACCAGGGCCGUGUUGUCGCUCAGGAAAUGACGCAGCCCAUUCUGAUCACGGACGACCACAAAACACAAGGCGCGCCACCUACAACCGCCGGAAUGCCGCCAAUGGAUCCGUCGCAACCGUUUACCAACCCGUUGCUUACCCCUACGGAGCAACCUGAUAUGCAGUCCGCAUUCCAACGCAGGCCAUACCAUUCAACAAAUGACCUACAGGGGCUACAGAACACUUGGAUGAACCCGAAACCAUCGCCCAGACAGGCCGGCGGGCACUCUCACUCCACUUCCACUUCAAUGACGCCGAGAAAUCUUUCGCGACAGGCAUCGCCUGUGGCGACCCAGAACAUGCCCAACAAGAAGAGGAAAUCCAGCUCUACUCACCACCAUAAACUUCCAAGGGAACUCACAAUGACCCGAGUCAGCACCUCACAAUCUAGCCCUGUGGCGGGUCCGGAGUCGGCCGGUUUGUCCUCUGCGAUUCCGGCUACGACAGUCCCUGCAACUAGCUCGUUUAUGCCGGCAAACGAUACCUCCUUCCUGAUGCAGCCGAUUGCCAUGCCUCCGUACACGUCUGGACCACCCACCCCUGGCAGCAACAACGGACUCGUCACUCCCAAUCAACGCUCUGGCAGCCUGGAAAACAUUGGCUACAACUUCUACUCGGUGCCCAAUUCGGCCCAUCACAGCCGGGCUCCUAGUCCGACCCUUGCUCAGAGAUCCGGGAUGAACGCCUUCCAACACGCGCCUACCGCCAGCGUCCCCAAUGUCUUGGGCAACCCAUUGACAAUGAUGCAGCCACAGAUUGAAGCGCAACGGCAAGGCCCAGCCCCUUCGAUUUACAAGGUCACGCCUGGCGAGUACUCCAAAUCGGGCGGCAUCGAGGUGUCCUGUCUAGGAUCAAAUUUCACGCGGAAUAUGGAGAUUCUCUUCGGAGACACAGUCGCUACGACGACAACGUUCUGGAACAGCCAGCUUCUCGUUUGCCUCUUGCCGCCAGCUGCACAUGCAGGACCGGUCCCUGUUACCGUACGCCCGACAAGCCAAACUGGAUUCAAUGCCACGACGCCAAUCCCUGCUCAAACCGCGACCUUUAUCUAUGUCGACGAUGAAGAUCAGCGAAUUUGCGAAUUGGCAUUGAGGAUAUUGUGCCAGAAGCAGACGGGGAAUUCAAAGACAGACGACUACCGUGGUUUUGCUCGCCAGAUUGUCAACAUGGCAUCGGGAUGGGGAGCCGCUAUGUCCGGAGGCGGUGGCGGAGGAGGCAUGCAACAACGGUCCGCCUCUGGUCUCAACAUGGUAAGCCUGAACGCACAGAGCACCGAGGAGAUGUUGCUCAAGUGCCUCGACUUGGUUGAUUUGGAUGACAGUCCCCACGCGCCAAAAUUCAACCUCAGGAACAAGAACGGAUCGACGUUCCUUUCGUUGGCGUGCAGUCUCGGUUACUCCCGCGUGGUCGCCGGUCUUCUCGCCAGAGGAGCGAACCCUGACUCCCGCGAUCGCGGCGGCUACACUCCACUGAUGAUGGCGGCCAUGCACAGUCACCCGCAGAUCGUCCGUCGCCUGAUACUGAAGGGUGCGGAUCCGAUGAUGCGCAGUCUGCAAGGUUAUCUGCCAUCCGACUUUGCCAGGUCAGAGGAAGUUCUGGACGCUCUCCAGCGCGUCAAGUCGCACCGUAGAACUCGCAGUGCUGGAUCCAACUCUAUGCGCAGCAGAGCCAGCAGUAUCGCUUCUACUCACUCCCUAUGGGAAUCGAGCCCUAGUCAGUCUUCUGCUGAGGCGGACUAUGAGGAUGAAGGCGAAACUUCUGAAGAGGUGGAACCUACUCCCCCCUCCCCUGCAUGGACGACAUCCCGUCGGAGCAGUAUUCACGCCAACGCCACGCGUGGACUUGCGCCACCAGCCGCAGAACCGCAGGACCAGUCUGGCAUGAUUUCCCCCGCUGUUGCUGCCUCCAUGAACGCCUGGCGAGAAAACAUACAGGCUCAGAUCCAGCAAUUCCAGCAGAAUAUGUCAAAUCACUGGAACCUGCCAAACAUCCAGCUGCCAGCGUUACCGCCACUUCCAAACCUGCCCGGCUACCAGGGCAACCCGAUGAUGCGCCGCAUCAGCAACCUGGUGCCGCACCGCAGCCCGCCAAGAACACCUGGCGGCACGCCUGCAAGCGAUGAGACGGAGACGCAACGCCCCACAUCUGGCAGCGACUACAGGUGGAAAGAUCUGUUCAGCACGCCGUCAAUGCCGCCGGCGUACGAGGAGAUCUACCCCGAAAACGCAGACAAGGACAUGGAUGUGAAGAAGACAUCAGCGGCAACCGCGGCAGCUGAGGCUCUGCUCGACCAGCGAUGCACAGAAGAGUUUGACGAAGCGGAGGCCGAGGGCGAGUCGAGCGAGACGGGCAGCAAAAAGAGCUUGGACGUCAAGAUCGGCAAGGGCGCCGUCGUGACGAGGGAGCAGCAGGAGCAGGUGCGCCGCGCGCAUGCGCAGAAGCUGAAGCGCAUCCGGAGCGAUCGGAACCUGUUCUUCAUCUGGAUCCCACUCCUGCUCAUCAUCCUCGGCGCGAUGCUGCGCAGCCGCCUGCCGCAGCUGUUCCAGACCGUGUCGGCUUUUGUGGGCGCGGUCCAGGACCGCGUUGCUGACUCCGGCCGCGUAGUCGAGGUCGCAUAA